UUGUUUUAUCUUUCAUUGCCACCCUAUUGAGUAGGUAUAUAUUUCCCACUCCUAAAUUAGUUAAGUUGAUUUUUCUAUUUGAAGCCAAUUUUAGAACAACAGUUAACUACCUAGUUAAGAAAACACAUCUGAGGAAAGUUUCAUUGUACGUUUCCUGAAUAUCGAAUGAAGAUGCAUUUCUCAGACCGUUCAAAUAGGUAAUAAUAAAACCUUAUAUUAGGAUGGGCGUACCAAGCAGAUAUCAGGUAAAAUUACUACUUACAUCUACUACCCAACAAUUUAAAAUAUGAUUUAUUUUCCCUCCCAAGCAGUUGUGUAAGUGUUUUAGUUAGUUGUUGGGUGUUGAACAGUGCAAUAUCAUCGUGAGCGCUGAUUUUCUAAAAUGGCGAUCUCUUUAUAUUCCAACGCAUUCACGAUUCCAAAGACAAUGCUGAUUAUGACUGGCAUGUGGCCUAGAAGAGAUUCGAGCAGACUCUAUCGCAUUUAUGGUUUAUUUAACCAUUUGUUAGUAGCUACUUUUUCUUUAUCGCUAUGUCUAGGUACCAUAGUAGCUAAAGACUUUACGCAGUUCAUCCAAGGAUUGUCUAUGUUUAUAUCCAUGGUCAACUGUGUGAUCAAAUUUGCAAUAUUUGACUUUAAACAUCCAGUGUUUCUAGAUCUUUUAGACUUUCUCCGCACCCAUCAUUUUUCUUACCACAAGGAUGAGGUGGACUACCAUCUCAAGCGAAUUAUCGACUUUGCCAUAGUAGUAGGAAAACUAUUUCUUUGCAGUUGUGCUAGUGCUAUAUUUUUCAUGACAAUAAUACCUCUUUUUGCUAGUAAAGGAACUCGUCUUACACCUCUACCUUUUCCUUUGGAUAUCGAAAAGCACUCCUUUCUAACUUACAUCUCGGUUUACUUGUAUCAAGGCUUGGGGUUAGCUUCGGCAUGCUGCUCCAGUAUCGCGUGUGAUAAUUUAUCUACAAGCAUGAUGGGUCUUUGUUCAGCUUAUUUUGCGAUAUUAACCGACACCAUCAUAUUGACAACAAACGAAUUCCAAAAGAAAACAAAUGAAAAUCAUAUCCGCAGCUACGAAAAAUUUGAUGAGCAAGUAUACAGUGAUCUAAGCCAAUGCGUGGAACACCAUCUUGCUGUAAUUAAAUUUACUGAGACUAUCGAGGACAUUUUCUCUUACGUGUUUUUGAGCCAAUUUUUAUGCAGUGCGUUCGGGAUCUGUGUGACUGGAUUUAUAUUGAUAAAAGCUAAACCGGGAGGUUUUGAAUUCAUGUAUGCGUUACUGUACCUGGCAGCACUUAUGUUCCAAAUUACAUUAUACUGUACGUAUGGUAACGAAAUAACGAUUCAGAGUUACAGAGUCUUAGAGGCAUGUUAUAUGACGGAGUGGGUGUACUGUGGACCUAAAGUUCGUCAAAAUCUCUUUCUCAUAAUGGAACGCUCCAAACGUCCAGUGGUUAUGACUGCAGGAAAAUUUGUAACUCUCUCACUGGCAUUACUCGUUUCUGUGUUUCAAUCAGCAGCAUCUUAUGCAAUGGUUUUGUACCAAAUGUACAACGCCUAAGUUAUACCACAGAUAUACGUAAAGAACGUAUAUCUGUGGUUAUACUAAGAUCCGUUUCUUUAUAAAAUGUUACUAAAUCACCAGCACCACCGAAAAUCACCCAAACUGAUAUAGUGGGUCUCCUUAAAAAAGCAUCACGCCCUUUUCUAUUAACUAUUUAUU